AACGACCGACACACUUAUAGACUUCAUUUGCCCUAUAAAAUCUCAACUUUGCUAUACACUACUUGUUUCAAUUCCCCCCAAUUUGUUCAACCCCUCAAAAUUCAAAAAUCAAAAUCCAUUUCUCUCUCUCUCCAAUCUAACCCGAUUUACUCAACUUCGAUCUACAAAAUUCAGAUGGCUGCCAACACCGAUUCUGCUUCAUCACCAGCUGCCGCUGCACCCCUCUCCUUAAAAGAGAACAUCACACCGAUUAAUUCAAAGAUCGCGGAGUUGAGUGAAUCACGUGCGGAGCUGCUUAAUAGAAUUCAGAAUCUGAAGAAUGAUCUUCAAAGUUGGAGGUCUAAGUUGGAUACUCAAGUUAAGAGCUACCGUGAUGAGCUUUCAGACCUUAAGAAAACUCUCAAUGUGGAAGUAGACCAGCUUCGAUCUGAAUUCCAAGAACUAAGAACCACUCUACAGCAGCAACAAGAAGAUGUAACCGUUAGUUUAAAGAACUUGGGGCUGCAGGAUGUCUCGGAAGAUGUUCAAGACAUCCAAGGUUCAAAAGUCGACGGAGAGAACGUGUAAACGAAACUGAGAACCAAGUUUGUAUGAAGUCAGUCAUAUCCUUGAUGAUUUUUAAACAUAUUUCAAUUAUUUUCAUGGAUCUAGUGAUUGUAUUCCAUUUGAACGCAACAUAUUCAUUGUAGUUUUAAAUUACAAGUAUCUCACUUUUUAUUCAUUUC